ACAAAAUUAGAAGUUGUUAGGCAGUAAAAUCACAUCAUUUUCCUUUCAGCACAAGAUGGUUCACUAUUAUACGAAGAUGUCCUGCAUGAUCUUCAUCUUGAUCAUCCAGUCUCUCCUCUUCUUAGUUGAAUUUGUGCUGGGGUACCUUGGAAACUCAGUUACCCUUAUUGCAGACUCAUAUAAAACACUCUUUGGAGCACUUGCCAUAUGCCCAGAAUUUGUGGUAAUACGCAACAUGAACAAACAAUCUUCAGAACUAUUUACCUAUGGACUCAGGCGGACCAGAGUGAUUUGUAAACUAUGCAGCAACUCUUUCUUCGUGGGGCUUUGUUUUAGUGUCAUCACACUAGCUAUUACGGCUCUCUUUCAACCGAAACAAAAUAUGAAUCCACUCCUGGGUUUGAUUGUUGGGGCAAGUGGAAUUGGCAUCAACGUUCUGACAGCCGUCAUGGUCCAGUACAGCUGGUCCAGCAAGAAAGAGUCAUACAACCCCAAGAAAUCACAAAAACUGAAUAGGAUGGACUGUAAAAGAGGUGCCAAGAUAGUAAGUGACAUAAACAAUAAAAAGGUGGACAAGAAGAGAAAAGCAUUCAAUACAAAACGAUUUCUGUUACACGUUUUUGGAGAUACACUCAUUUCAGCUGCAGUAAUAGUGAGUUCUGGCAUAUUCUACUUUUUGCCUCUGGAACCUAAAGCCCAGUGUAAUUGGAAGUGUUAUGUGGAUCCUGCCAUCAUACUCGUUACGGUUGUCAUUAGGGUAAUGCUCCUCUAUCCUGCCCUUAAAGUAUAUGUAACCAACUUGAUGCAGAUGACACCUGAAGGAGUUCAAGUGGAUAAGAUUUGUGCAGACCUGAUGAAGGUCACUGGCGUGCAGGGAAUUCAUGAGCUUCAUGUAUGGGAAUUGGAGACGGACUGUAACAUUGCCACUCUGCAUUUAAAGUGUGCAGACUCAGUUGCAUAUGAGAAAGUGUGCUGUCAGACAAGAGAAAUCUUUCACAAAGCUGGGGUCCAUUCCAUCACCAUCCAGCCUGAAAUGACCCAUCAGGAAGAGCCAACAGAGGCAGUCCUCUCCUGUACAGCCCCCUGCCAGUUCAAGAUAUGUCAAUCAAUGAUGUGCUGUGCACUUUUCUCUGAACGUGGCAAAGUCCACAGCGAAGUUAGCAGCCAUCCAGCAGAUGUUUCUCUGCCUAAGUCCAACAUCCUGGGUAAUGAUGGCAUCUGUGUCACUCAACUCUAGGGGGUUUACUGCCUUUCUG